CAGGGAAAGCCGACCCGGACUUCAUACUUCUGGUGUUAGAAGGAAGAAUUACAAACAUAAUAACUUUGCUUUGGCUGGGAUUUGGUUUCCUCACGUGGAACAAAACCGACCUGCAGGCUCUGCAGCUGCCAGGGCCACAGGAAUCUGCUCGCCUUCCCCGGAAUCUGGGCAUUCCUCUUGCCCCCAUCUGGGGCUGCUCUGUGCACUGUCACUCAAGGGCAGGCACGCCUCCUCCCAGAGCUAUUUAAAGAGAAGCUGAUGUGCAACUUGCUCCAAAGAAAGACUGGAAAUCCCGAAGCAGAAAGCAGUGCCGUGUGUCAGCGGGCUGAGUGCCCCCCUGCCCUCACUGGGGAUGUCUGGCAGCGCAGGGACGGCUGCUCACACUCUGUUUCUCCUGCUCCUUGCCCCUGACUGGGUCGGAGCUCAGGGCUGCACGUUCCCAUGCCGGUGUUCCUCCCAGCCCCUGCAGUGUCCCGCUGGCACCAGCCACGUAUUGGAUGCCUGUGGCUGCUGCAAGGUGUGUGCCCGGCAGCUGGGCGAGCUGUGCUCCCUGCAGAAGCCCUGCGACCACCACAAGGGGCUUUACUGCGACUUCUCCAACAUCCACAGGGGCAGCGGGGUCUGCUUAGCUCGUGAAGGUGCAACGUGUGACCUGCAGGGCAAGGUGUAUCACAACGGGGAGAGCUUCCAGCCCACCUGCAAGCUGCAGUGUGUCUGCCUGGACGGGGCCAUCGGCUGCAUCCCGCUGUGCUCAGCCGACCUGCGCCUGCCAUCUCCUGACUGCCCUCAGCCACGGAGGGUGAAGGUCCACAACAAGUGCUGUGAGGAGUGGGUCUGUGAGGAGGGAGGCCAGGAGGAACACGUGGAAACCGUCAUGGCAGUUUUCAGGGAGGAUCCUGAGCAGGAGCCGGAGCUGAACAACCUGCAGGAGAACUGCCUGCUGCAGACCACAGAGUGGAGCGCGUGCUCCAAGAGCUGCGGGAUGGGAAUCUCUGCCCGGGUCACCAACAACAACCCCCAGUGCCACCUGCAGAAGGAGACGCGGCUCUGCAUGGUGCGGCCCUGUGACUUCCCCUGGGAGAAAGCCAAGAAGGGGAGGAAAUGUGUGCGCACCCCAAAGCCCCGCCAGCGUCUUCUCUUUGAGUUCUCAGGCUGCACCAGCACCCGCUCCUACAGACCCAAGUUCUGUGGCAGCUGCGUGGACGGGCGCUGCUGCACCCCACACAUCACCAGCACCACUGAGGUGCAGUUCCGCUGCCCUGAAGGCGAUUCCUUCCUGAGGAAGAUGAUGUUCAUCAAGUCGUGCUCCUGCCACUACGACUGCCCCCGGGACAACGACAUCUUCCUGGCCACCUACCAUAGGAGGAUGAUCGGGGACCAUGUCAAAGCAGACAGGCAGUAGUGCCAGACCCAUGGGACAGGGUGACAGAAGGGCUCUGCAGUGUUCUCAUGGCUCUCCCUGCUCUGUGAGGGGCCGCAUUCUUCACCAUGGCACCGUUCGCCUCCUCUGGUCCUGGUGGUCUUGUUAAUACAGUGGAUGAGGGAUCAGCCCCAUCUGCCCCACGCUGCUGGCUGACAGCAGAGGAGCUGGGAGCAGAACUGAGCUGCCACCUUGAGCUGUUCUCCCAUAGACUGGGUGGGAGAGCUGAAUACUACCAGCCUGGCUCCAGAGAGAGCACGGUGGGCACAGCACCCUGUGCCAUUCAGCUGCCCACACCAUGAAGGGUAGCCCAGAGAAUGGGAUGGGGGAAGCCCAGGAGGACGGAACCAGGCUCAUGGGCACACAGCGGGGCUGGAGCUGCAUUUCAGCUCUGUUGAUGGUGGGUCAGGAGCUGCAGGAUCAACCCAGAUCUGCUCUGAGUUGGGCAAUGACAGGGAGCCCUUAGAGCUGGGGUUUCUCCUGCUGGACACUCCAUCUCAUGGCACUGAGGAUCCAGGCAGCCACCCGUGAGCCCACAGCCUGCAGGGCUCUCAGCAGCCUCUUUCAUUUGCUUCCUGCUGAUCUGAGUAGAAACACACAGAGAAAGGCCCGACCUUGUGCCUUCCAUCCCCCCCACCCUCUCUUUAUCCCCACUGCAGCCCAGCAGGAUUAUGGGCCACACUGCAGUGCUGAGCCCUUCUCCUUCCCCACUCCCAUCCCAAAGCAAAUCUGUGGGGCUGAUCCAAACCCACAGCAGCCGUUCUCCCUUUGCAGUCCCUGAUGCAGCCCCCACCUCAGUCCCUUCAUCCUGCUGUGCAUCACCAACACAAGCUGUAAACAACAGACAUGAUGCUUUCUGUAUCCCAGCCCCACUCGGGGCAUUUCCAUGCUGUAAUUCUCCUCUUUGCCCUCCAGCUCCACUCACAUUGUGUAUCCCGCAGCACCAAACUCAGCUCAGGUUGCACUUUACUCCAAUAAACCCCUUUACUUUGUA